UCUCCACCUCUUCAAUCAUACAUCCGCAGAACAGAAGAUGUCUUUUGCAAUCCACCUUGGGCUCUCUCUUCUCUCAAGUCCUCCAAUUAGGGUUUCCUCUUCCUGAUCAGAGAAAGCUUUAUAUGCAUCAGAAACAAAGGCUUCCAACUGAGAGAGAAGGGAAAAAAAAGGCAACCCCACCCACCCAGCAGCACCUGAUCGAUCAGUGUAAGCUGUGUAGCCGCAGAAGAAAGAGAGAAUUACAAAGGGGCUAGCAAAGAAUGUACUCUUCGUCAACCAUGACUAGUACUUACAACUCUCCAUGUGCUGCGUGCAAGUUCCUUCGAAGGAAAUGCUUGCCUGGCUGCAUAUUUGCGCCUUACUUCCCACCAGAGGAGCCCCAGAAGUUUGCAAACGUUCACAAGAUAUUUGGUGCGAGUAAUGUGGCCAAGCUCCUCAACGAGAUCCCGCCUCACCAAAGAGAUGAUGCUGUGAGCUCACUUGCCUACGAGGCUGAGGCUAGGGUUAGGGAUCCAGUCUACGGAUGUGUCGGGGCCAUCUCUUUCCUUCAGAGGCAGGUCGAGAGGCUCCAAAAGGAACUGGAUGCAGCCAAUGCAGAUCUCAUCACAUACGCUCACAACAAUGAGAUUGAUCCAUCCACGUCAAUAAUUAGUACUUCAGUGCAACAACCAGCACCUUCUGGCUUCGGUGGUGGAGUAGGUUUCUCACGACGCUCCGCAUAUGCUCUUCCUUACCCUCUUCCAUAGAAUCAUAACUCUUCAGGGGAUAUAAAUGAAAGAGGAGGAGAUAACUAUUAGGUAUUUCUUGAUGCGUAUUCCAUCCUCUUCUCUUCCCUUGCUUCUUGCAUAUUGUAACUGCGGGUCGUCCUGAUACGCACAUGGGGACAAGCAUCAUAUAUGAAUUCUGAGAUAUCAGUGGAUGCAUGCAUACUCUAGCUAGGAAUAUCUAAUCGCUAGGUUGAUUGAAUUUAUGCAGCUAGCAGAUUGUGAUAAUAAAUUAUAUAUGUAGCAAGACAUGAUGUCACUUGUGUAAUAACAAUUAUUAACUAGUAUAUAAUUAAGGAGGGCUAAAGUGCUUUCAUUGUACUCCGUAAAUGAAAUAAAAGUGCUUUGCAGGGUUAAUUA